AUGUCGAGGAACGACUUUAGUUGCAAUACAUCGUUUGCGAUGUCAGACCUUAACUUGGAGGUGCAACCGGGUGAGCUGGUAGCAGUGGUUGGUGUAGUGGGUAGUGGCAAGUCAAUGCUUAUGAUGGCCAUUCUGAGAGAGCUGAACUGUGUGAGUGGGAGUGUGCAUGUACAGGGCGAUGUCGCCUACGCAGCGCAGGAACCAUUUGUACUCAGUGGCACUGUCAAAGAUAAUAUCUUGUUUGGCGCCGAAUUCGACGAGGACAAGUACCGAACUGUUCUGGACGCAUGCUGUCUGUGGCGCGAUCUGGACGAACUAGUCGACCGAGAUCGCACUCUGAUUG